CUAUCUAUCUAUCUAUCUAUCUAUCACUAAAUUCCCAUCAUAAAUAUGAAACUUAAGCUUCUUAGCUAGACUUGUAAACAUUAUAUUUUUUAAAUAAUAAGUUCUUAGAUUUUCAUGUAGACCUAUGUUCUCCAUCCUACCUGCUCUGGGACAUCACUGUAAGUGAAUUACUCUUACUGAAUUAAUUUAGUAGAUUUAAAUUUUAAAAAGCAACUGUUUUGUUUGUUUGGUACCAACAUUCACCAAACCAAACCCUUGCAAGACAAAGUACACAUUAAGAGCAUUUCCUCAUAUAUCUUAGUCAUUUUGUUUUAGAUUUCUAACAUAGGUUUAAGUUUUACAAUUAUUAAAAGAUGCAUUAAUGCUUAUUUUACUUUUUUUUUUACAGAAUCAGAAUUGCUUUCAUUGCCAAGGAGGUUUUCAUGUAUGAGGAAUGUGGCUUUUUCCUUUACUUAUGGUGCAUAACAAUAAACACUGAAAAGUAGUAAGGAGGGAUAAAAGAUUUCUUUGUAAGUGUUACAAGUGAAAAAAAGUCAGUGUAGCAAAAUAAGUCAAGCAGGAAAAAUAUCCACAAUGAUAUUUAUUAAGUGAGACAGUUGUACAGCUUGUGCAGGAAUGUGCAAUGUAUUUAUGUGGAAAUGUAUUAAAUCUCACGGUAUAUUACGUAAACAAUUUGGAAUGUGCAAAAUAUUGAAAGAGAAUCCAAUAAUCUUGAAGCUGAUAUUUCCAUUUAAAGGCUAUUUAAAAAAUAUAUUUCAUAUUUUAUAUGCUGAAGUAAUAAUCCCACAUUGUGUCUAUUAAAUGUUAAAUAAAGAAUAAAAAUACAAACAAAAAGCAAAAAUCUGAUAAGCAUACAUUGGAAAAGUAUAUUUAAUAUUAAGUUUUUUUAAAAAAAAAACAUACCCCUUUUAUGAUGCUAAAUCUGGUAGUCAUUAGUCAAUAUAGCGUGAAUGUGGAGGCAUCUGCCACAAAUAAUAGCAAGUUCAAGUUCGAGACCUUUAUUUGCUACAAACACAAUUACGCACAGUGUAACGCACUGUGAAAUGCAUUGAGCACCUUUUCCAGACCAAAGGAAAUCUCAUUAACUCUAAUGUUUUUUGCCGUUUGUCUCCACAGAUUGAAUAUGGCUUUGUUGAGUGAAGGAUUUUCCUGUGUGUGCGCGCGUGUGUGUGUGCGUGUGCGCGUUUGUCUCUGACACUUAAAUGAGCAUCACAUGAGCAUGCGUUGGAAGUAUUGACGCUCUGCUUUUAUUUUGAAACAACCAAAUGGAUGCAUCGGUUUCAUUGACUCUGCCUUGACCCUUCAACGUCAACACACAUGCUCGCAGACACAAUCCACACACACUCACACACGCAUACAAACAGACACACACCUUCGCAGCCUCAGUGAGCUGCUCUGACUGACCCACCAGACAGGGAAGCCUCCGACACUCAACGACUGUCUGCGCUGCACUUGUUAUCACGGCAGAGCCUUGUUCAACAUCAAAUAUUGCUGCUGCAGCCCAAAAUACGUGAUUGAAACUUGACCUGGAUUUCUGGCUGCGUGAGGAAUAACCAUCCCUGUAGGAGGCUUCGGAUCCAGUGCUGCCGGAUCCCUCUUGUGCCAACACAGAGGGGAUUUAGAGUUUGUUCUGCGCUGGCAGGAGUCCAGCUCCUCCACCAGAGUUGCUCAGAAGUAACAGUGGAAUACAAAAAAAAACAACACAAACAGCCUCUGUUUACACACACUCAUCAGGCUACCUCUUUUAUCCUAUCCUUACCCCUCUGUGUCCUGGCUAGUCAUUAUUUGCAUCCUUACUCCUGUCCUCAAGGGAACAUUUAUCCCGUUAACAGCACCCAUCAGCUCAUCUCGCCACCCAUUUAUCCAUCUCAUAAUGAACUCCUCUACCUCCAUUACGUCCCUAUUCUCCUUCACCAGCCCGGCGGUGAAGCGUCUGCUCGGCUGGAAACAGGGAGAUGAGGAGGAGAAGUGGGCAGAAAAGGCUGUAGAUUCUCUAGUGAAGAAAUUAAAGAAGAAGAAAGGGGCGAUGGAAGAGCUGGAGAGAGCCCUGAGCUGCCCUGGACAGCCCAGUAAGUGUGUGACCAUUCCUCGCUCGCUGGAUGGGAGGCUGCAGGUGUCCCACAGGAAGGGUCUGCCCCACGUCAUCUACUGCCGGGUGUGGCGCUGGCCCGACCUGCAGUCCCACCACGAGCUGAAAGCCCUCGAGUGCUGCGAGUUCCCCUUCGGCUCCAAGCAGAAGGACAUCUGUGUCAACCCUUACCACUACAGACGCGUGGAGACUCCAGUGCUGCCACCCGUUCUGGUUCCGCGCCACAGCGAGUUCAACCCUCAGCACAGUUUACUGGCUAAGUUCAGGAACGCCUCCCUGCACAACGAGCCCCUGAUGCCCCAGAACGCCACCUACCCGGACUCCUUCCCUCCGCUGCCCUGCUCCUCCUUCUCCUCCUCCUCCCCCUCUUCAUCCCUCGCCCAGUCUCCCACCUCGCAGAGUUACCCCAAUUCCCCCAACAGCUCGGCAGAACCUGGCAGCCCGUAUCACAUCGCAGCUGAGACUCCCCCACCUCCGUACAGCAUGAUGGAGACAAACACUCAGGAGGACGUGAAGCCCAGCAACUCCACAGAAACCACUAAACUCACAUUUUCCGCUCCACACAGAGAUUUAAGGCCCGUUUGUUACGAGGAACCCGAGUACUGGUGUUCCAUAGCCUACUACGAGCUCAACAACCGGGUCGGCGAGACUUUCCACGCCUCAUCCCGCAGCGUCCUGGUCGAUGGCUUCACAGAUCCGUCCAACAACAAGAACCGCUUCUGCCUCGGCCUCCUUUCCAACGUCAACCGCAACUCCACCAUCGAACACACACGCAGACACAUAGGCAAAGGUUUACACCUGUACUACGUGGGCGGUGAGGUGUACGCGGAGUGUCUGAGUGACAGCAGCAUCUUCGUCCAGAGCCGUAACUGUAACUUCCAGCACGGCUUCCACGCCACCACCGUGUGCAAAAUCCCCAGCGGCUGCAGCCUCAAAAUCUUCAACAACCAGCUGUUUGCUCAGCUUCUCGCCCAGUCCGUCAACCAUGGCUUCGAGGUUGUCUACGAGCUCACCAAGAUGUGCACCAUCCGCAUGAGCUUCGUCAAGGGCUGGGGAGCCGAAUACCACCGUCAAGAUGUCACCAGCACCCCCUGCUGGAUUGAAGUGCAUCUGCACGGGCCCCUGCAGUGGCUGGACAAAGUCCUUACGCAGAUGGGCUCCCCGCACAACCCUAUUUCAUCAGUGUCGUAACAUCAUCACACACGCACACACUUUUUUAGUGUGUUCUCAGUCUUUUACACAGGUAGUCGUAGAUUCUGUAUGUUUUGCUACAUCCAGAUUUUCUGUCCGAGGGUCCCGCUCUUGACAUCCAAUACAAAAUACAACCACAUAUAUUACAGUUUAGUUACAUCAUGUCAUACAACUCCCAUGACUGAAUUUCAUUUAGCUUCAUUUGCAGCUUGUGUAGUUAAAAAAAAAAAUCCUUAAUUUCAGUAUAAAAAAGCAUUUAUCCUCCUCUGUUUCCAAUGGGACAUGUUAACUGCACAAGACAGAAUGGGAUAUAUUUGUAGGUACUCAAAGAAUUAUGUGUUAUAAAUAUUAUUAUUAGAACAGUAUUUCAAUGUGUUGACCAAUGUUUGACUUCGUGUACUGUUUGCUUUUUACUUGAUAUAUUAAAGUUGUCUUUUUCUUUAUGAA